UUUUGUUUUGUGCUGUAGGUUCCAGGGGGUACUAUGCGGGACUCUUUUCUUGUAAGUGGUGUUGCUUUCAAGAAGACAUUUUCUUAUGCUGGUUUUGAGCAGCAGCCAAAGAAGUUUAAAAGUCCAAAGAUUUUGUUAUUGAAUGUUGAGUUGGAAUUGAAGUCUGAGAAAGAAAAUGCAGAGAUCAGGCUUUCAGAUCCCUUACAGUAUCAAUCGAUUGUAGAUGCUGAAUGGAAUAUAAUCUAUGACAAGUUGGAUAAAUGUGUACAGAGUGGUGCCAAAAUUGUCCUCUCACGCUUGGCAAUUGGUGAUCUGGCAACACAGUAUUUUGCAGACCGAGAUAUAUUCUGUGCUGGCCGUGUAACUGAGGAGGACCUGCAACGGGUUGCUGCAGCGACCGGUGGAACUGUACAGACAUCUGUCAACAAUAUUAUUGAUGAGGUUAUGGGGUCAUGUGAGCUCUUUGAGGAAAGACAAGUUGGAAAUGAAAGAUUCAAUAUCUUUAGUGGGUGCCCAUUGGGUCAAACAACCACAAUUGUUCUUCGAGGUGGAGCAGAUCAGUUCAUUGAAGAAGCUGAGAGGAGUCUACAUGAUGCUAUUAUGAUAGUCAGAAGGGCUCUAAAGAACUCUACUGUUGUAGCUGGUGGUGGUGCUAUAGAUAUGGAGAUUAGUCGGUAUUUGAGGCAACAUGCACGGACAAUAGCUGGGAAGUCACAACUUUUCAUUAACUCCUAUGCAAAAGCACUUGAGGUCAUUCCUCGGCAACUCUGUGAUAAUGCUGGAUUUGAUGCAACCGAUGUAUUGAAUAAACUCAGACAGAAACAUGCUCUUCCUUCUGGUGAAGGUGCACUUUAUGGAGUAGACAUCAACACUGGCGGAAUUGCAGAUUCAUUUGCUAACUUUGUAUGGGAGCCUGCAGUUGUGAAGAUAAAUGCUAUAAAUGCUGCAACCGAGGCAGCUUGCCUUAUUUUAAGUGUGGAUGAGACGGUGAAAAAUCCCAAGUCGGAGAGUGCCCAAGGUGAUGCUGCUGCAAGUGCGAUGGGUGGACGAGGGCGUGGUGGGGCUGCUUUCCGUGGUCGUGGGCGGGGCAUGAGGAGGCGAUAGAUUUUCUUGGGUUGGAAACUGUGUACUAAGAUUUUGGUGUUAUUUGGAAGGUUAUAUUUUCCAGGAGGUUAUGUUCUGUUUUGGAUUGUGUUUUAGGUUGUAUUCCCAUUUGAUUGUAAUUCUAUUUGUAAUCCUUGUCAAAUGGUGAGCGUUGGGUAAGAAUAUGUUGAAUGUUUGAAGCAUAUUUUAUUACAA